GCCCUAUAUGCAGGCAGGCAAUGGCGUACAGGUUGGACCGUGGGGAGGUAAGGGUGGAGUUAAUCCCUGGACAUUCAUCCCUAGUGGCAGGAUUUGCGAGAUCCGUAUCAGCGCCUCAGGCUGUGUAGAUUCAAUCAGGUUCACUUACAAGGAUUGUGAUAAUGUCAAACACCAUUCUGAAACAUAUGGUGGUGAUGGUGGUUCACCUCAUACGUUUACAUUUGCUGAUGAUGAGAACCUCAUCGAGAUUAGCGGAACUGUGGGAGUAUAUGGCGGCUACACUGUGAUUACGUCAUUGUCUUUCCUAACCAACAAAAAGAAGUAUGGGCCAUAUGGCACAACCCAGGGGACUAGUUUCUCGCUGCCAGUCGCUAAGGGUAGCUUUGGUGGAUUCAGCGGAAACUACGGGGAUUACCUCGACUCUUUCAGUGUCAUUCUUCAUCCCUAUUAGUAACGCGGACCAAAAUCAUGUAUUUGCAGCCUGCAUACAUGGUUUUCGACGUGGUAACCUUGUCAAAAUAAAGAAGCCUGAGAGCAGUGGCGGAUCCAGAAAAAAAAUAUUACUGGGGUCCAUCUUAUAUGAAAAAUUAAAAACAAAUUUGAACCUAGAAAAAAUCUGAAAUUUUGAGGUUUCUUUGGGAGUUUUUUUGUUAAAAAUAUUACAAAAGUAUGUUUUUUCAGCAAAAGUGGGUGUCAAAGGGAUAAUUUCAGCAAAAAAUAAUUUUUUAAGGGUUGUUUUUCAGCAAAAGUGGGUGCCAAAAGGGAUAAUUUCAAGAAAAGAUUAAUUUUUUAAGGGUUAUUUUAGUAAAAUGUGGUUAAUAUCAACUUUCAAGUGGGGUCCAUGCUGUGGCUCCGCCACUGCCGGAGAGAUGUGUUUGUGAAAUUGUUGUGUUAUCUUGUUUUGAUGUGC